UUGUUCUCAUAUUUUAAAUUUUUAUUUUUAUUAAAUUAAUUAAAUUAUUUUAUUUUUAUUAUCUGUAUGCCAUAUACUUGUUACGAGAUUAUAAAUAAAUAAAUAAAUAAAAAAUAAAUAAAUAGAUAUGAAGUAUGGGAUGCCUGGUAGAUUUCUUUGUUCAUUUUCUUAUAGGGGAAGAAACGGACCGAGUCCACGGUAAGGAAGAAGCAGCAAAAAGAGAGAACCAGAAAGGGAAUCCAGGAGAAAGCAGAAGAGGGGAGAGAGAAAACAAAGAAGCAGAGAAUCAAUAGGGAAGAGAAGAAAAGGAGAAUAAAUAAACUUUCUUCCCAUUUGUGGGACGACUUGACCUGUUCUGCAUGAUACGGGGGGAAAAAAAAGCACACUGUCCGGGAUCGUUUGCUAACUCUAGAACUUUUACCCUGUUUUCUUAAAUUAGGCUACAUACAUGUCUAAGUGUGGAAGUUGUGUGUAGGUCUUUGUCAAAUUCUGCAAGUACGAGAGUUGGAAGGUUGCAAUUAGGUGCACUCUUCUGAACAACAUAGACUGUACCAGAAAACUUGCAGUUUCAGAGCUCUUUGAGCAAACAGGUUCCAAAUGGGGAGGCUCUAUCUCAUUGAAUACGAUCAAACUCCUGAUAAGAGAUUCUACUUGUGCCGUUCAUGCCAAACGCACAUUGCAUCAACCCAAGAUUUUCUUUCUAGUACUCAUGUGAGCAUCUUCUUUGAAAAAGUUGUCAACGUGGUGAUUGAUGAUCCAGUACAUUAUUGGAGAGAUUUGAAGGAUAGAACAGUGGCAAAUGUCUUUUGUAUCAAAUGCAACAUACUUUUGGGCAGAAAAUAUGUUGAAGUUGAAGAACCCACCCUGGAAGUAAGGGAAGGAACAAUUCGAAUGGAAAAGAAAAAUCUCCUGUUUUGGAAUGGAGUGCUAGUUGAUGAACUCCCAAUCCCACAAUUCGGAGGCUUCUUCUAGAAUUCAUUGAAGGUGCAAUUAAUACGACGGGUUUUCCGUUUGUGAUUAAGUUGGAUUCUCUCAGUGCUCUGCAUAAUUGGAUGAGAUGUCAAAAAUGGCUGUUGGUCGGUUGUGUUCACUUUGUGUGUUGUUAGUUCUGUAAAAAAUGGUGACAGAUUGGGUGGUUGUAGAAUAUUAAGUGGUGAGGUGUCUGUGCUUUUCAUAUGUUAGCAUCUUUCUAACACUAUGCAGGUCAAGAAUCGUAAGCACAUGCCAGGUGAAAUAUUAAUUAAAUGACUCACUCUGUAUAUGGAGGAAAGUGUCUGUGGUUAGCACAAUCCUGCACUCUGCUUUAGACUUACUCGCAAAUUGCAAUGUAAGUAGUUUAUUGACUGAAGGUAAUGACACAGGUUUACUGACUAAA